AUGGCCGCCGCGACUCAGCUGAUGCCAUCUACCGCCCAGCAGCAGGCUGGCCUGAAGUCUGCCUUCAGUCCCUACACAGACUCGCCCAGCUCGCCCGCUCCCUUCAGCCCGCACUACCACUCCUCCAACCGCUCCUCGUCCACCCACACGCUGUCUGAUUCGCUGCAGCCGCCCUCUCCGUACGGCAUCGUCGAGCCGUCGCCCGUCGACAGCAACGACAGCAACACCACCAACACCACCGACAUCGACGAUGAGUCGCAGGACGGCCGCGCCAGCAGCAUCAGCAGCCAUGGCAGCAUGAGCAGCCCCGCCAGCGAGCCUGCCAGCGAGCCCGCGCCUGCGUCGACGCUGCUCUCGCUCGACACCACCGUCCGCGCCCGCUCCAAUUCCGACGACCAGCCGCAGUCCGUCAUCCAUGCGCCUCCUGGCUACCAGCAAUUCACCGCUCAGUCGCCCGCCGACACGGAGAACUCGGCCACAGACUCUGCCAGGACAGUCCUCUCGCCCGACCAGCCCAAUGCCGACCAGAACGAGCCCCACACCGAUGCAGAUGAUUUGCACGCUGCCCAGUCCGAGCCCCCGCCAACGCUCGACACGUCAGUGCCGGGCAAGCACGACAGGACCACGCCACGCGCCCAGACGAGACAGGAGGCCGACGAGGAGCGGAAGCGGCGGAGCCGACCAAACAGCCGGCUCGAAGACAUAGCUGAGACGGACGCGCAGUCGGAGCUGGACUCGGAGCUCAGCGAUGGCGACGACACCGACGCUGACCAGCCCCAGACAAUGGGCCAAGCCCUCGAGGACCUCAACCACGCCGAGCAGGAGGUGAGCGCCCUCAAGACCGCCCUGACCGAAUGCUGGACCCUCUGCAACACCCUGGCUGGCUUGAGCUCCAUCCACCGCGAGCGCAUGUUCAACUUCUCCAGCCAGGGCGACCAGGGCGAACAGGCGUGGAAGUCGUGCUGGCGGCUGUGCCAGAAAUUGUACGAGAGCCGUGAGGAGGGUUCGGCUGGCGAAGUGCGGCCCACCUUGGAGCUGUGCCGUGAUUUUUGCCAGGCGUUGUUCGAGGCUCGCCACCGUGUCGACGAGGCUUCCGACUCUGUGCUCCGCGUGAGUUUCGAGCUGAACAAUCAUUUGUACAACACGGCCGACCGGAACCUGCCCGAAGCAUUCCGCGAGCGCACGCUGGAUUUCUACAUCACCCUAUGCCAUAGGCUGAUGAAACAGCGGACAUCGCUGCCUGAGGAAACCGACUCGCUGCUCCGUGCCUGCUGGUCGCUCGCUGAAAUGCUGUUCAGCAUCCGCCAGAACACCCGGGAUGGAAAGCCGCCCGACGAGGAACUCCUUGGCUCCGCCGUCCAAGCUUGCUGGGAGCUAUGCGACCUCUUCCGCGAGGGAUGGACCCAGAUCCGCCCCGAUCGUGGAACACCGCGCCCGAGCCAAUCCGCAUUCCCUGUGGCUCCCUACAGCAACGUGCAUGCGUCAAGUCAACGCGGGAGGUCCGUGGUUGCUGAGUCAGAGCGCUCGCUCGACCAGAGCUUCCACAGCGCCAAAUCCUUGCCCCCGGAGACGCCCACAACCAUAUUCGACGACGUCGCCGAGAGUUCUCCCGACGAGCCAAACGUGCCCAACAUUCUCGUCUUGGGGCCCGAGAACCACACGACGCGCACGCACAACCGCUGGUCUUCGUCUGCAUCCACCUUGUCUGGAUACACGGAUACGUCAUCGCAGCGCACCAGUUCGACGGCAACAGCGGGCCGCGAAGAUCCUCAUCUCAUCCGCUUGAAGACGCUCAUCCUGCGGGCUGCCAUGAAUGCCGGUUACACGCGCACCGCCGCGAUGACGCUCCCUGCGUUUGUCAAGUCACUUCCCUCCAAUAGUUUCGGGUCACAGCCUUGGCAGACAGACCUGCUGCUGUCGUACAAAAAGUUGGUCUUGGCCGACCCAACGAUGCGGGUGCCGGCCGCACAGCUACCGUCACGGAGGCUGGGCGCUGCGGAGGUGGCGAGGGCUGUGCAAUGGAUGAGCCGAGCAGAGCAGUUCAGCUGGUUCAGGGAUCUGUACAGGCUGGUCUUUGGCUUUUUCCCAGAGGAUAGUGUCCAGAGGGGUAAUGUCGUCAUCCAAACCUGA